AGCUGAUUAUCACAAUAAGACAACAUGCCCCAAGAAGAGUGACCCCUUCCUCUGUUUCCACAAUGGAGGACUCGGGAAAGACGUUCAGCUCUGAGGAGGAAGAAGCAAGCUACUGGAAAGAUCUGGCUAUGACCUACAAGCAGAGCCCCGUGAGGAAACAGUUGUCCCCCCAUUUUACAGAUGAGGAAACUGACCCUCAGGGAAGGGCAGAGAACACGCAGGAGGAGCUCCGAGAGUUCCAGGAGGGGAGCCGUGAAUAUGAAGCCGAGCUGGAGACGCAGCUGCAGCAGAUUGAAACCAGGAACAGGGACCUCCUGUCCGAAAAUAAUCGCCUUCGCCUGGAGUUGGAAACCAUCAAGGACAAGUUUGAAACGCAACACUCCGAAGGCUACCGGCAGAUCUCAGCCUUGGAGGACGACCUCGCCCAGACCAAAGCAAUUAAGGAUCAACUUCAGAAAUACAUCAGGGAGCUGGAGCAAGCAAACGACGACUUGGAAAGAGCAAAACGGGCCACAAUCAUGUCUCUGGAAGACUUUGAGCAGCGUUUGAAUCAAGCCAUUGAAAGAAAUGCCUUCCUGGAGAGUGAACUUGAUGAGAAGGAGAAUCUUCUGGAAUCUGUUCAGCGACUGAAAGAUGAAGCCAGAGAUCUGCGGCAGGAAUUGGCUGUACAGCAGAAGCAGGAGAAGCCCAGGACGCCCAUGCCCAGCGUGGUGGAGGCCGACAGGACAGACAUAGCUGUGCAAGCCACCGGCUCCGUGCCGUCCACUCCCGUGGCCCAUCGAGGACCCGGCGCCAGCCUUAACACCCCAGGGACCUUCAGACGUGGUCCGGAUGACUCCACGGGUGGGACCCCGCUCACACCUGCGGCCCGGAUAUCAGCCCUCAACAUCGUGGGAGAUCUGCUGCGGAAAGUAGGGGCGCUGGAAUCCAAACUUGCAUCCUGCCGGAACUUUGUGUACGACCAGUCCCCAAACCGAACCAGCGGGCCCUCCUCGGGGCGGGGGAGCAAACACAGGGACGGCGGCGAGAGACAGCCAGGCAGCACCGGUGUGCCGCUGGGUGACAAAGGGUUGGGAAAACGCCUGGAAUUUGGGAAGCCGCCUUCAAAUACUUCUUCGCCGUCGCUGCCGUCCGCCCAGGGUGUAGUCAAGAUGUUGCUCUAGGAAACCCACGGAAGCCGAAGCCCCUGGUGUGUCAGUGCAGGAGUUACUACUUCUAUUGCCCUCCUUAAACUAGGUUUUUGCUUUUUUUAAGUUAGUUUGAGAAAUACGAGCAAACAUACUGGCCACUGAGGCCGUCGCCCAUGGCCCCCGGUAGCUGUCCCUGUGAAAUGUGGUCUCAUCGUCCCCAGCCUCCUGGCCUGUGCGUUGCAAAUGGACAGGGACAAACCGGACCCUCUGGACAGGGCUCUGAGGUGUGGAUGCUGAGGCCCGCCCCCCCCGCCCAUCAUUUUGAGGUUACCCGAGUGUUGAAGGAGUUGGGGGUGGUUUUUAAUGACUAGAGAUGCCUUAAAAAUGGGAUGUGAGCCCAUCCCGCAAGCUCAGGCUGUCUUCCGGAACAAAGUGUCCGUGCUCUGUGGCACGGAAAGGGUCUGCGUACUGAUACCGUGUCUAAGAGAGAAGAGUAGAAUAGGCACGUGCCUUUUUAAAAAAAACACACGAUGGUGUGGUGUACAUCCGGGACUCACUCUGCCUCUCACUGAGGCGUUGGGAGCAGUGCUUGUGUUUCACAGAGAUCUUGUGUGGACCAGGUCAGUGGAAACACCUGUGUCCUCUUGAGAUGGAUGCUGAUAGGUUUCCUGGAGCGUGUGCCCUGGCCCCUGGGGGUGACCUCCCCUGACAGUCAUUGGGGUGGCGUGGCCUUGUGAGUACAGCCCCUAAGAACAGAACUUGGUUCAAAGCCAUGAUAGAGUAACCAUGAGGGCCUCAAAAUAGGAUUGAACCACAGGACCGUUGGUGGAAGCGUCCUUGUGAAAGAAGAAACAAGCACGGGAUUUUCACGUGGAUGGAGUGGGUGCUCAGCCCUGCCUGUCAUCACCAGCUGGCUCACACUUUCGGAGGCAAGUUAAAAAGGACACGUGAAUUCGGGAGCACGCACACAACUUAAUCACCCUGUUACUAAGUUAUUUUCCCAAGAGAAUAGCAGAACUAUCCAUGAGUUGAAAAUAGAACUUUUCAAGUGCUUUAGAAAUUCAACAGAGAAUUAAUCUCUGAUGCCCAGUUUGUUACCCUGGGGACAUUUUAACCUGUAUCGGGAAAAGACGGACUUCUAUUUUUUUAAAAGAACAAUAAAGUCAAGAGAAACUCAAUUUCCACUA